UUGCUGACCUCGGUGCGUCCGCUAUGGCUCCCGACGGUGCCCUGCCCGCGCUGCCCGCGCUCCUGGCCCUGCUCGCCGCGCUGCUGCUCCCAGGACCUGGACGUGCCCAGACAUGGGUGCUCCCGCAAGAAGCCACCCUGCCCCGAGGAGGCUCCGUGUACCUGAACUGCAGCACGGCCUGCCCCCAGCCCUUGAAGCUGGGGCUGGAAACACCGGUGGACAAGGAGCUGGUGUCCGAGGGCGACACCUGGAAGCUGUUCAAGCUGAAAAAUGUUGACAGUGACAACAGUCCGCUGUGUUUCUCCAACUGCCCGGGGCAGGAGCAGACGUCUGCUAUCGCCUCCCUCACCGUGUAUGAGUUCCCACAGCACGUGGAGCUGGCACCGCUGCCCGCCUGGCAGCCCGUGGGAGAGGACUUCACUCUGAGCUGCCGGGUGCAGGGUGGGGAGCCCCGGGCGCGGCUCUCGGUGGUGCUGCUGCGCGGGCAGGAGGAGCUGAGGCGGCAGCCAGCGCCCCUGGGGGAGCCCGCGGAGGUCAUGGCCACCGUGCAGGCGGGCAGAGAGGACCACGGUGCCAACUUCACGUGCGUCACAGAGCUGGACCUGCAGCCGCAGGGCGUGGGGAUGUUCAGGAACGCCUCGGAGCCCAGGCAGCUGCGAACUUUCGCCCUGCCCCAGAGGCCUCCGCACCUGACCGUCAGCACCCACAACCUGGAGGUGGGCUUACAGGGCCACGUACACUGCUCCCUGGCUGGGCUCUUCCCCGCCCCGGAAGCACAAGUCCGGCUGCAGCUGGGUGGCCGGGAGCUGGACACUACGGUCACGCACGUCGAGGACUCGGUCAGGGCCACAGCCUCGGUGGAGGUGACGGCGGAGGAGGAAGGCCCCCAGCCACUCGUGUGCACGGUCCUGCUGGGCACCAGGCAACAGGAGGCCAGGACCACCCUGACCGUCUUCAAUUUCCCGGCUCCUAACCUGACACUGAGUCAGCCAGAAGUCUCUGAAGGGACAGAGGUGACUGUGCAGUGCGAGGGCCACCACGGGAGCACGGUGACCCUGGACGGUAUCCCGGCCCAGCCACCCUCCCCGCGGGUCCAGCUGCAGCUCAACGCCAGUGCCGACGACCACGGGCGCCGCUUCCUGUGUUCCGUGGCCUUGGAAGUGGACGGGCAGGUGUUCCGCAAGAACCAGACCCAGGAGCUGCGGGUGCUGUACGGCCCCAGACUGGACCAGAGGGACUGCCCGGAGAACUUGACGUGGCCAGAAGACUCCUGGCAGACCCUCACAUGUCAGGCCCGGGGGAACCCGGCCCCAAACGUCUCCUGCCAACAUGAGAGCACCGGAAGUCGCCUGCCAAUUGGCAUACCGCAGCCUGUCAACCUGCAGCUGGCUGGCACCUACUGCUGCCGGGCUGUGAGCCCUCGCGGGGAGGUCACCCAGAUUAUCAUCAUCCAUGUGGUUCCCAAGCCUCUGCUGCCACCUCUGCUCGUCAUCCUGGUGGCAGUCCUCGCCCUGCUGGGCAUCGUGGGCACCGCUGGCUACGUCUACAACCGCCAGAGGAAGAUUAAGAAGUAUAAGCUACAGCAGGCCCAGGAGGCGGCCGCCAUGAAGCUAACUGCCGCCCAGCCCUCGCCAUCCUGAGCCCAGACCCUCUGUUCCGGAUCAGGGGCUCCGGCAGCGCGGGGACGUCCUCCCCACCCCAACACGGAUGGGGCAGCCGUCCACCCGCAGUGGUGGACAUAGGCCACUAAGCUACAAGCCAGUUCCUCCAGACACCAAGUGGUGGAGGGCAGGACAGUGGCCUCCCAGGUCAAGGUCAUGGUUACCUGUGUACCUGGGACUGCCUCAAGCUUUAUACCUGACCAGGUGCAGACCAAGCAGGAGGGAGAAGAUGGGGGCCUGGCAGAGGGCAGGGCCUGGCUCAGCCGGAGGAGGGCACGGCCAUCCCGGACAUGCAGCGGAAGAUGCUUGCCCCCAGGCCGUCUGGACACGCGUGGACACUGAAACACACCCCUGUCCUCAACCCUUGAUGACUUUAUUUAUUCACGUCCAUGGUUAUGCCAACUAUUUAUUCAGUGCCUGUGACGGACUAGCAGGGUGGACCAGGCAACUGUGACCAGAGCUGCCCAGGCGCUCUUUGUGGGCUCACACUCAGGGUGGCCAGGUCCAGGUCCAGCUGUAGUGGCUGUUAACAUGCCUGGCCAGAAAAACCACCCAAGUGUGCCUGGGGGCUUCCGUACGGUGAGCCGAGCUGCUUCCCCCUGUGCCGCACGAGGGGCGUUCUGCUACGAACGCACUGGAUGGAUGUGGCAGUGGGUGCCAGCCUGUGGCCCCCAGCUCUGUUGCCAGCCCCUCCUUACCCGCUUUGCACCCACAUCCACCACCGUGUGCCAGUGGAGCUAUGCCCUGGCCAGAUGCGAGCACCCACGGCUUGGCCACGGCGUCCUAAGGACCUACACCCACCUGUCUCGCCUGCCCGUGUUUCCUGUGUCUCGGGGCCAUGGGACUAGGCAGGGGGGUACCUAAUUCAUGAUUUGUGGGAGGGAGCUAUCUCUGGACACCCCCUCUCCCACUGUUCCAAUAAAGGCUUUUCUCUGCCUGC